AUGGAUUGCAAAUGUUUGCUGUCGUUGGUGGUGGUUUUGGCCUUGAGUAUGAGUUUGGCAGAGGCACAAUCUGGAAAUACCGCGAAUUGCGCCCAAGAGCUGAUUCCAUGCAUGGAUUACCUGAACGGCACCACCACCCCACCCAGUUCUUGCUGCGACCCACUAAAACGAACCGUCGAAACCGAACUCACUUGCCUCUGCAACCUUUUCUACACCCCUGGCUUGCUUCAAACUUUCAAUAUCUCUGUCGAUAACGCUCUCGCUCUCAGUCGCCGCUGCGGUGUCCAAAGUGAUCUCACCAACUGCAACAACGGGACUGCUCAAUCUCCUACUUCAAGGACACCGCCAGCCACUCCUGGAGGUGACAAAGGAGGAGCAGCCAAAGUCACAUUCACUGGGAUUUCUUUCCUCCUCUUGUUUUGGGUAUCUAUGCUGGUUAAUUAA